AUGCCACCCAAAAGGUUUGCCCGUUUCCUUUCGUCCUCUUCAGUUUCACGACCCCAACGCCGUCAACGAGUCGGAGAAACCCCAGAACAGUUCCGAAAAGCUGCUGAGGACGUCAAACAGCAGCUCAAUCAAUUUCUCCCACCACGAGCUCCUGAUCCGCCGCCACCGCCACCACCCGAAUGGGCUGACAUCGUUGGUAACAAUGAGCAUGAAUGGAUCGAUGACCAUCAAGAGGAGCCUCUGGUUGAAGGAGACCACCAGAGACCCAACCGACAAAGACGCUAUCGAACGUAUUUUGACAAACGUCAAGAUUACUUCAAAGUAUGGGGCCAACUCGAAAAUCAAUUUGCAGCUACAUACCUAUAUUGUCAACAUACGACCAAAAAUUGGACAUCUGCUACUCUGAACACGUAUCUUGGAAUUCGGCCACCUGGAUGUAGUUGUACAUCUCAAGAUCUGUGUGAUGUUGAUUUAAUUGAUUUAAUUGACGCGAUUCAACUGCUUCACCAAGGAUAUAUCGCCAGCUCUCCAUCGACACCUCGCACUGCUUUCUCAAUUCGACUGAUCGAACAUUAUCAUUCAUUAUGGCUAGCAGGAGGUCUCAGUAAGGGUGCAUUUAUCGAAGGCCUCCUGAUCUCUGUCUCAGCUCGAAAUCGCAACCGGUUGUCUGUUCGAGGUCUCCAAGAAAAAACCCGUGCUCUCAGGGUUCAAGAAAACGACGUGAUCAUGCAAUCGACGGCCAACAUCCCAGUUGAAGGAGCACAAGUGAGAAGAUGGCUUUCAGCACGGAUGAAACAGGCAAUUUCAUCUGCGCAGAAAAGUCAAACGCUUUUGACAAAUCUCUAUACGAUUCCUAACCCUCACAAACCCGGACAAAAGUAUACCGAGGAAUAUUUUCUAGAACAGUGGGCUGCCGAAAGGAAAGCAGUGCUUGACCCUAAGGCUCAGCAAGAAGCGCAAAAACUAGAACUUGGUAAGCUUCUAUGUGACGAAGAGGAAAUGGACUUAGCUUGGAAAACCGUGGUGAGAACACCUGAGCAAGCCAUUGCUCGUGCGCGAUUGCUUGGAGACCUUCAAAAACAAAUCGAGAAUCAGAAGAAGAAGAUUGGUACAAACAGAAUCACUGAUGGCUUACAACAACAACACAUGAACCUGUUCUUGAAAGUUUGGUAUGCAAAAACCGCAGUUCGACGUCUCUACCUCUCUAUCAAGGAAGAGAAACGUCCCUUGGAGGUCGUACAACAGGUCGGAAUGGCUACCAAAUUAGGUACGCACGGCGAACAAAAGGUUCUAGCUGCAAUUAGGGCUCGCGCUGCCAAGUUGAGACCAGCCCUUGACAUAUACAAUCGACAUCUCGCCGCUUUCAAGGCCGCGUUUCCUGAUCGGGUUGCCCCCAAGGCCAUGGAUUAUAAGGAACUGUUGGCCUCAAACCCCGAGGAUCAGUUCUGGAACGAUGGUCUGUUCAAUUACGAAGAUGAGCCUUGGGCAUUCGAUACCCCUACUCAAGCUGGCAUGCGGGCAUUGGCUCGCUUGCGCCGAUGUAAUGAAGAAAAACGAAGGUUGCGAUGGGAGACUCGCCGCCUCAUGCGUUGGACAACUCAACAAUUUCAACAACUUCAAGAUCUUCUAUUGCGCUUAGGAAACCACAUCAAUGCCGGACAAGACCUCGCCACCGAUGCCCGACUCAAAUCUUUUAUGGAAAGCCCUGCCUUGACCAAACUAGCACCGAACAAGCGAAGAAUCACGGUAACAGUACUGGUCAGCAAGCAAUUUCACCGUCUAUGUCAACUGUAUCAUUCAUGGAACACACCUGUUCUCGAGGUCUUUCAAAUGGGUUUCCAGGCAGGUGAUGACGCCCUUGCUCGUGCGUGGCAUUACCAGAUGGCCCAAGUAACAUAUCUUCAAACUAACGACCAUAGCUCCAUGAUCCCAGGUGACUUUGAGGGAGUGAUCGAUGGAAUAAUAGCAUUUUGUAAUAUCACUUCAGACGUUCCAGGCGUUCCUAAUGUGGCCGGAGGUUUGGCAGAUAAGCCAAAUGAAAAUGACGAGGAUGAUUGGGAACUUGACAUUGAGGAUUUUUUUGAAAGAGAUUUGCACUUAGAAGAAAUUGACAUUGCGCUGAAUGAAAUUGCACUGGGUGAAGAUGAUGUUUGA